UAUCGAUCAUCUUCUUCCGCGCUCCAUUUUCUCCCUGCUUCCGAUUGAAUCAGACUUGUCAAUUUAGCUGAUUCAUCGUUACUAUUUGAAGUUCAAAUGGUUAUCCGCUUCUCCACGAAGCUACUCAUACUCUUCAUGGCCUUUUCAUGUUCUCUUCUGUAUAGAUGUUUAGGGAAUGAUAUUGCAGAGAAGGAGAGAACACUGGCGAUAAUAAAACCAGAUGGAUUGUUAGGUAAUUAUACAGAUGACAUAAAAAGAGUUAUUUUGCAAUCUGGAUUCGUUAUAGCCGAUGAAAUGGAAACUCAACUUCAUGAAGAUAUUGUGAAAAGUUUUUACUCUGAACACGCCUCAAAAAGUUUCUUCCCACAUCUCGUGGACUACAUGACAAGUGGACCAGUGGUGAUUAUGAUUUUGGAGAAACUGAAUGCUGUUGCUGAUUGGCGUGCAUUAAUUGGACCAACUGAUGCAGCUAAGGCUAAGGUUACUCAUCCUCAGAGCAUCCGAGCCAUGUGUGGGAUGGAUUUACAAAGAAACUGUGUCCACGGUUCAGAUUCACUGCUAUCUGCUACCAAGGAAAUAUCCAUUUUAUUCAAAAAGAUAUCCCCAGAAGUUCCUGUGUUACAUGAUGAGUUAUAAAGAAUAGGCAUCCUGAGAAGCAAUAUGUUCCUUUUCCACCCGCAGAAACCAACCCCCAAAAUGGAUGGUUUCACCGUUGUCUCUGAUGAAGAAAUAAUGUUAUUCCUGUAUUCCUGUAUGUCUUAAAUAUUAAAAAAAAUUAUAUUAUCCUGAAGAUAUUCAGAUUUUGUCAGUUAUUUUCAAGCAUGUUCCUUUUAACUUAUCCAUGCAAAGUUUUCAUUGUAUAUUAUACUAUUAUGCAAAUGGGGAUUAUUAUGCUUGUUUCA